AUGGCUCACCCAAAACACACAGAACAGCCGCAGGAACCUCUCAGCCAGGAGGAAUCACCCCUCUUCCGUCUCCCUCCAGAGAUACGACUCAUAAUCUACAAAGAUAUCUUCGUCGCACCGACAACCAUCCAUCUUUCCUGGGUGCACGGAUGCUACUGCAGGUUCCGUAGCUUUCUAUGCAAACUCCCGGAGGAGCACCAGUACGAGAAGACUCGCAGCGGUGACCUUUGCGACAAAUGUAGAGAAGACCAUUUCAAGUGCCACCCUCGUCAAAAACCGCCCAACAAAAACGCCAUAAAGCGGCGCACCUACAUCCCUCCAAGACAGAGACAGACAAGGGUGAUGAAUAUGCUGAGAAGCUGUAAGCGCGUAUACUACGAAACAAUCGACAUGCUCUACCAGCAGAACAGUUUCUACAUCAAACACCCCUACACCCUCACCGAGCUUUGCAAAUAUAUGCCCAAAGAGCGCCUAAGCUCCUUCCGAACCCUUUCCCUCGAAUUCUUACCGGAAAAUCGGAGUGUAUAUCUGUCUCGGUAUGAAUGUCUGCCCCUGCCUGGAUGGAGUGUUAUUGCCAGGGCUCUGAAGAAACUUGAUGGGCUGGAAUUCCUUUGUCUGAUCAUGCGACCUUACCAAGAUCAAGGGAACGAGAUACAGGCCGUGGAAAAGUUAAUUCAAAAGGCCAAAGCGCAGAAAUACUUUGCGGUUGCUCCUCGAUUGCUAUGGGCUGCCACUUCUGAUAUUUGGGGCACGAGGAAGAAGAGUGUUAGGGGGUGUCCACUGCAUGGUAUACAUGGGACUGAGUCUCAGUGUUCCCGAUAUUACGGAUUUUAG